AUGAUCCAGCGACGACGCGGAUCGGAAGUUGAGGUACUUGCGAAAGAGGAAGAUCAGCUAUCGCGUGUGGAUCCAAGUCUCAUGACGGAGCGUCAGCAGCUGACGUUUCUACUGCGGACAACGUCACACGAAGCAUCCCAAGUGACCAAAGAGAAGGCAAAAGACGCGGCUGGCUGUACGGUCGUUGUGUCCUAG